GUCUCGUCCUCCCGGGAACACACACAGGAGCUGAGGCGCAAAGGUGUCUGCUUGAUUGCCUGCCCCUCCUGCUUGCUUUUACUGCUUCUUCUCCCUACCUCCUGCAUCAGUUCUUGGCUGCCUGGGGAUCUUUGAUCUUCACAGGGAGGGAGGAAAAAGGAUCGAUCCUUCCUGCCUCGCCUAGCUUCAGCUUCCUGUGCUGCCCUCCUCUCUGUGUUUGUGUGAUCCAAAUCCAACUUGGAGGAGUUCUUGGUUUCCUGUCAUUGUGUCUUUCUUGGACCCAGUGCUUGACAAGAUUGGCUGAACAGUUUGCCAAUCUAAAGAGAGAAUACUUGGUUUCUUGGCAAGGGGAUCAAGAGGGCCUAGAUCUUUGCAGCUAAUAGUUGCUCUUGCCUCUGGACUGAAGAGUAAACAGUUGUAUGCCAGUGUUCUGAUUUUGUGGUGAUUGUUGGAGCAAAUUAAAGUGUGAAAAAAAAGAGAAGGAAAGCAAGAAUAAAGGUGGCAGAUUGUUGGUUAUUCUUAGUGUGUCAAGAUGAAGUACAUGAAGCUUGGAUCAAAGCCAGAUGUGUUCCAGACAGAGGGAAACAAUAUCAGGUUUGUUGCAACUGAGUUGGCAACGGACAUUGUAAUCACUGUUGGGGAAGUGAAGUUUUAUCUUCACAAGUUCCCUCUUUUAUCAAAGAGUUCGCGACUGCAAACAUUGGUGGCAUCAACAAACGAGGAAAGCAACGACGAGAUCGACAUUUCUGACAUCCCCGGUGGACCUGCAGCAUUCGAGAUCUGCGCCAAGUUCUGCUACGGCAUGAUCGUCACGCUCAACGCGUACAACGUCCUCGCAGCGCGCUGCGCAGCCGAGUAUCUGGAGAUGUUCGAGACGAUCGACAAAGGGAACCUCAUCUACAAGAUCGACGUGUUCUUGUCGUCCAGCAUAUUCAGGACCUGGAAGGACUCCAUCAUCGUCCUGCAGACGACAAAAUCACUCCUGCCAUGGUCAGAGAACCUGAAGGUGAUCAACCACUGCGUCGACUCGAUCGCGACGAAGGCGUCCAUCGAUCCAUCGGAGGUCGAGUGGUCGUACACCUACAACCGGAGGAAGCUUCCAUCGGAGAACGGCCUCGACGCGCACUGGAACGGCGUGAGGAAGCAGCAGACGGUGCCGCGAGACUGGUGGGUGGAGGAUCUCUGCGACCUCGAGAUGUGCCUGUACAGGAGGGCCGUACUGGCGAUCAAGUCGAAGGGGAAGGUCGGCAGCGAGGUGAUCGGAGAAGCGCUGAGAGCUUACGCGCACAGGAGGCUGCUCAGCUCACUGGACAGCGCUGUCAGCAAUGGCCUCGACUGCACGAGGCACUCUGCAGCUCUCGAGACCAUCGUCUCUCUGCUGCCAUCCGAGGAAGGUUCGGUGCCAUGUUCUUUUCUUCUGAAGCUUCUGCGAGCUGCUUGCUUGCUGGGAUCAGAUGAGGCUCUCCGCGACAGCCUGACCAGGAGGAUCGGCGCAAAGCUGGACGAAGCUUCGGUCUCGGACCUUCUCAUACCUGCCAGUCCCGGCGAGGACGCGAUGCUGUACGAUGUGGGGCUGGUCUCGGCGAUGCUGGAGGAGUUCAUGGCGCGGCGCUGCGACGACGACGACGAUGGCGCGAAGCUUCAGGAGGAUGACGAAGAAGAAGCCAUGGAUGGUGGUGACAGCAGCCUGGGUAAUGUCUCCAGCAGCAGCUCGAAGCUCGCGAUCGCGAAGCUGGUCGAUGGGUAUCUCGCUGAGAUUGCAAGAGACCCCAACCUACCCCUUUCGAGGUUCGUCGCCAUCGCUGAAAUGGCGCCUCUCGCGUUCCGGCCGGUGCAUGAUGGACUCUACCGCGCCAUUGACAUGUAUCUCAAGGAGCAUCCGGGUUUAUCGAAGGGUGAGAAGAAGAGGCUGUGCGGGCUGAUGGACUGCAAGAAGCUGUCGCCGGAGGCGAGCAUGCACGCCGUGCAGAACGAGCGCCUCCCGCUGCGGGUGGUGGUGCAGGUGCUCUUCUUCGAGCAGGUCCGGGCGGCGGCGGCGGCCGCGGCCGCCGGCGGCGACGGCGACGGCCUUCCGGCGCGCUCCCUCCUCCCCAGGGAGGACGGCAACUCGUACGGCAGCUCAAGGUCGGCGGCCACGACGGCGACCGAGGACGACCAGUGGGCCUGCGGCGUGCCGACGUCCAGCGACGUCAACUCCUUCCGGUCGAUGAGCCUCGCCAACAAGAACGGCGGCGGUGGCGGCUGCAGCGGGAGGAGCACCGGCGGCGGCGGCGACACCGGCAGCAACAAGAACGGGGGCGGCGGCGGCGAGGCUUGCAAGAAGCCGCCGUCGUCGGCGAAGGGGAGCACCGGCGGCGGGCUGAUGCCGAAGAAGAUACUGAGCAAGCUGUGGUCCGGCAAGGCGAGCAGCGGCGAGAACAGCAGCUCCGACACGUCGGAGAGCCCCGGCUCCGCCAACCUGGAGGAGACGAGGUCGACGCCGUCGCGGAACACGAGGCAUUCUGUGUCAUAGUGUGACAUUUCUCCUUCCUCUCGAGCUCUUGGACAAGUACACUGUACACGCCAUGGAUGCAUGGUCUCUAUAGCUUGUGCCAAAACAUGGUCUUCUGGUUAAUCUUGAGCCCUAACUGUGAUCUACUUAGUGUGAUUGAUGCUUGGUCAUUAGACAUAGGUAAUUUGUAAGAUUUUUGUGGCAAUAUAAAGAAACUAAUGUGGAAAAUUGAGCUAGGAUUCAUCUUACAAGGACCACAUGUAUGGCAAUUGUCUUAUAUUUUCCACGGUACCUAAAAAAAAGUUAGGGUCCGUCUA